AUGAUCCUCGGACCGGUGUCGCUGCUCGACUGUCUAGUCUUUGUUAUUUUCCUCACGCCGCAGCUCCUCAUCCAUGUCGGCUUCUUCCCAACGGUGCUCGCCACCCUUAGGAUGCUGCCUUUCCUCGUGUUUCAACUGCCAACCUCGCUGUUCCACGAGCGAUACCUCCUAAGUCAUGACGAGCAAUCGCCCUUUGUGCAGCGAGCGAGCAUCUUCGAAGACCUGGUCAUACGCUGCGUGCGUUACGCCUUUGCCAACCUCCCGACCAAUAUCGGACGUGUCUUCUUUUCAAAGUACAUAUCUCUGCCGUUUUUGCGGUUUCGUAUGUUGCGGCAUGGCUAUCUCAGGUCACCUGCAACCUGGAGUGAGCACAAGGAAAAAGGCCAGCACGGCUUCGAAGGUGUUUGGAUCCAAAAGGAUGCAUCCAAACCGCCCGACAUUGUGCUUUACUACGCUCACGGAGGCGGUUUCGCUAUGGGCUCCGCGUACUUUUACCUCGAGUUCCUUCUUUCGUGGCACUCGCUGCUCGUCCAAGCAGGUUACCGUAACCCCGCCAUAUUCGCCCUCGAGUACACCCUCGUGCCCGAUAAGAUGUACCCGAGACAGAUGUACGAAACUAUGAGGGGCUAUAAGCACGUCCUUAACAAAGUCGGAGACUCCCGAAAGGUGGUCGUUGCAGGAGACUCUGCGGGAGCAACCCUGAUAUUGACGUUGUUGCUGGAGCUAGGCCAUCUGAACGAGGCCCGGGCAUUUAAAGAAAAGGGGGACGAUUCCACCGCAUCUGAAGGCGGAAGCCAGGAGCACUUGCGCCAGGCCUCAGAGUCUGGGCUUCCAGGGCUUUGCGUCUUGAUUUCGCCGUGGGCCAAACUGAUAUCUAACAAGCAUGAAAAUUCGGCCAGCGAUUUUCUUGAUCGCGACACGCUCUGGGAAUAUGCGUUGCAGUACGCCGGAGCGUCGCAUGCCUACGACAAGACCGCGUCGCCGGGGCAGUGCGCCGAUCCUCGGGUGUGGGCGGAAGCUAGUCCACUUUGUGGCUUCUUCAUCACGUACGGGUCAGAGGAAGUGUUCGCUCCCGACAUCAAAGACCUGAUUAACGUCUUGGUCAAAAGUACCGAGGUCGACAGUCGCAGCGAGGACGGGGGUAUCCACGCCUGGCCUGUGGUUUCGUUGUUCUUGUCAAGCACCGAGGACAAGAGACUCAAAGGUCUGCGGACACUCACGUCAGCCAUAAGAAAACACAUACAGUAG